AUGGAACUACUUCAACAAGUUAAAGUUGGUCAGGAAGCUGUAACAAAUUCUGAAACCAAUAUCAAUGCUAAUUGUGCUGGUACAUGCUUGCUUAUUCUUUCCUAUUCACAAAACAAUCUUAGGAGUCAUAUUUGGAUUCUUGACUCUGGUGCUUCAGAACACAUGACCUUUGACUCUAGCAUCAUUGUUAACAUCAAACCAUUACCUAAUCUUGUUAAUUUUAACCUUCCUAAUUCACAAAGAGUAAGAGUAACUCUAGCAGGACAGAGUAAGAGUAACUCUAGCAGGACAGGACCUUUCUUUGAGAAGGCCUCUGGUCCUUGGAAUUUUGGCUGCUUAUGUUUUGCUUCUACUUUGCCUAAUCUUAGAGGCAAACAUGAUCCAAGGUUUAUCACUUGUGUAUUCUUUGGUUAUCCUACUGGUAAGAAAGGCUACAAGCUAUUAAAUUUAGCAAACAAUAAGAUCUUUUUCUCUAGAAAUGUGAUUUUUCAUGAAUCUAUUUUUCCUUUUACACAUCCUACCACUACUUUCUCUCAGUUAUUUCCUAUUUCUUCCAAUAUUGAUUUUUCUACACCACAACCUCUUACUUCUUCUGAUUCGUCUAUUCCUCUCCUUACUACUGAUUCUCUUGUUCCUAUUUCCUCUCCUGCUUCACUUCCUCCAUCUGUUCCUGGUCCUGUUCCUAGUUCACCUUCUACACCAUCUUCUACUCCUUCUACUUCUUCUAGUGUUUCACCUACCUCCUCAUCUACACCUCCUUCUCAUCCUUCUAUCAAUCUUGCUUCUUCUUCUGGUGUUUCUCAUGAUGUCUUGCACAAAUCUUUAAGAGAACACAAUGCACCUAGUUAUUUGUCUGACUAUAUCUGUGGAGCAGUGCACCUAACUGAUGCCUCUCACUCUUGUUUUAUCUCACAUGUUUUCCCUUCUACUAUUUCAUCCAAUCUACUUUCUACUCUUAAUCAAAGCCUGUUAAAUUCCGUACCUAAUGUUCAUGAGCCUUCUAGUUAUUCUCAGGCAGUAUUGGACCCUGGUUGGCAAGAAGCAAUGGCAAAGGAGCUUAAUGCUUUGAAGGCCAAUGAUACUUGGGAGGUAGUUCCAUUACCAGUUGGUAGAAAGGCCUUACCUUGUAAGUGGGUUUACAAGGUUAAACUAAAAUCUGAUAGAAGUGUCGAAAGGCUCAAAGCUCGUUUGGUUAUUCGAGAGACACUCAAUGAGAGGGGAUUGAUUUUACAGAGACUUUCUCUCCUGUGGUCAAAUUGA